AUGACCUCCUCCUCCUCCUCCUCCUCCGCCGCACCCACGACAUCCGUCCUCGCGGCCGCCGCAUCUGCAGCAUCCUCGACCUCUUCCAGCGCGACCUCCAGCUCCGCCUCCGCGUCCGCCUCAACGACGCUAACCGCAGACGAGCAAGACGCUCUCGACGUCCAAAACGCAGCGCGCGAGGCCGUCGGCGUGCCGGACCUGACCUGGUCCGCCGACCUGACCGCGGAGGCGCAGUCGUACGCCGACUACCUUUCCGCGAACGACCUAUUCGUGCACUCCGGCGUCGCGGGCGAAGGCGAGAACCUGUACUGGUCCUCGAGCACAGCGUCCGGCCAGCUCGCUGACGCGGCGGAGUCGUUUGUGAGCGAGAAGACCGCGUACGAUGAAGCGGGCGAUCCGGUGAUUGGGGACGACUACGCGACGUACGGUCAUUACACGCAAAUCAUCUGGAAGACGACGACGGAGGUCGGAUGCGCGGAGAGCGAGGGAUAUGUUGUGUGCAGAUAUUAUCCGCAGGGGAAUUACGUGGGGGAGUCGCCUCUUGAUCCCGCUAAUUAG